AUUCCCUCAACAUUCCAGUCACCAAUGGACCUGUGAAGGAACCAAGAGCGGCCUUAGAGUGGACUGAAAAUGCUGUGAAUGGAGAGCAUCUGUGGCUAGAGACAAAUGUUUCUGGGGACCUCUGCUAUCUGGGCGAGGAAAGCUGCCAAGUCAAAUUUUCAAAGUCAGCUCUGCGGAGAAAGUGUGCUGCCUGCAAGAUCGUGGUCCACAAUGCGUGCAUGGAGCAGUUAGAGAAGAUUAAUUUUCGCUGCAAACCGACUUUCCGAGAAGGAGGCUCCAGAUCACCUAGAGAAAACUUUGUGCGGCAUCACUGGGUGCACCGGCGGAGGCAGGAGGGCAAAUGUAAGCAGUGUGGAAAGGGCUUUCAGCAGAAAUUCUCCUUCCAUAGUAAAGAGAUUGUGGCCAUCAGUUGUUCCUGGUGCAAGCUGGCGUUUCAUAACAAAGUCACCUGUUUCAUGCUGCAUCACAUUGAGGAGCCAUGUUCCCUGGGGGCUCAUGCUGCUGUCAUUGUGCCUCCCACCUGGAUCAUUAAGGUGAAGAAACCUCAGGUGGUCUCCAUACCAGGAGACGAGCCUGAUUGGGCAGGAGACUGGAGCCCCGAAGGGGAAACGGGCGUCUCCUACCCCUAUUGGGAGGGUUGGCAGAACUCCUUAAAGACUUCAACAAGGCGAAAGAAGAGAACAUCCUUUAAAAGAAAAGCCAGCAAAAGAGGAAAUGAAGAUAACAAGGGCCGUCCUUUUGUGAUAAAGCCUAUCUCCUCUCCACUCAUGAAGCCACUGCUGGUUUUUGUCAAUCCAAAAAGUGGAGGGAAUCAGGGAACCAAGGUUCUCCAAAUGUUUAUGUGGUAUUUGAAUCCACGCCAGGUCUUUGAUCUCUCUCAGGAAGGGCCGAGAGAUGCGCUGGAGCUGUACAGAAAAGUGCCAAACCUGAGGAUCCUGGCAUGUGGUGGGGAUGGGACGGUGGGCUGGAUCCUGUCCAUCCUUGAUGAGCUGCAACUCAGCCCCCCACCUCCUGUUGCUGUCCUUCCACUUGGCACUGGGAAUGACCUUGCCCGCACCCUCAACUGGGGUGGGGGUUACACAGAUGAGCCUGUGUCUAAGAUCCUGUGCCAUGUAGAAGAUGGAACCAUUGUCCAGCUGGACCGCUGGAAUCUUCAGGUUGAGCGCAACCCUGAUUUGCCCCAGGAUGAGCUGGAGGAUGGGGCACGUAAGCUUCCCCUCAAUGUCUUCAAUAAUUACUUCAGUCUUGGAUUUGAUGCACAUGUUACGCUGGAGUUCCAUGAAUCCAGAGAAGCAAAUCCAGAGAAAUUCAACAGCCGAUUUAGAAAUAAAAUGUUUUAUGCAGGGGCAGCCUUUACAGACUUUUUGCAAAGAAGCUCAAGAGAUUUAUCCAAGCAUGUUAAAGUUGUGUGUGAUGGUACAGACCUGACUCCAAAGAUCCAGGAGCUGAAGUUCCAGUGUAUAGUGUUUUUAAACAUACCCAGGUAUUGUGCUGGCACAAUGCCCUGGGGGAACCCCGGUGACCACAGAGACUUUGAGCCCCAGCGUCAUGAUGAUGGCUACAUUGAAGUCAUUGGGUUCACCAUGGCCUCACUGGCUGCUCUGCAGGUGGGUGGUCAUGGAGAGAGGCUGCACCAGUGCCGGGAGGUGACGCUUUUGACGUACAAGUCAAUCCCCAUGCAAGUGGAUGGCGAACCCUGUCGGUUGGCUCCCUCCCUCAUCCGGAUCUCCCUGAGGAACCAAGCCAACAUGGUGCAGAAAAGCAAGAGGAGAACGUCUAUGCCCUUGCUGAAUGAUCCUCAUUCCAUCCCAGAUCGCCUGCGGAUCAGAGUGAACAGGAUUAAUUUACAAGAAUAUGAGGGGCUACAUUACGACAAGGAAAAACUCCGGGAAGCUUCUAUUCCCCUAGGAAUCAUAGUUGUACGAGGAGAUUGUGACUUGGAGACUUGUCGUAUGUACAUUGACCGUCUACAAGAGGACCUACAGUCAGUAACAUCUGCUACACAGAGAGUUCAUUACCAGGACCAGGAAAUCUCUUUCCCCAGAGUGCUUUCUGUUCAGAGGCUCUCUCCUAGAUGGUGCUUCCUAGAUGCAACUUCUGCUGAUCGUUUCUACCGCAUUGACAGAUCUCAGGAACAUUUGCACUUUGUGACUGAAAUUUCGCAGGAUGAGAUUUUUAUUCUGGACCCAGAGAUGGUAAUGUCUCAGCAGGUGGGGACACCACCAGGAAUGCCUGACCUGGUAGUGGAGCAGGCAACUGGGAUAUCAGAUCGGUGGAACCCUGCAGUUCGGAAGAGGAUGCUGAGCGACAGUGGCCUUGGAAAGAUUUCUCCCCACUACGAGGUACCUGACAAACAAAAGGACGCCAGCCAGACACAUAUGCUGCAGUCACCGGUUUCUUCAGAAGAUCAAGCACUUUUACAGGCAGUCAUAUCUGGUGAUCUACUGAAGUUCAUAGAAUGUUGUAAAAAAGGAGCCAAUUUGUUAAUCCAAGGACCUGAUCACUGCUCCUUGUUGCACCAUGCUGCCAAGACUGGGAACAGCGAGAUUGUGAAAUACAUCCUGGAGCAUGGUCCAUCUGAAUUACUGGACAUGACAGACAGUGAAACGGGUGAGACAGCAUUACAUAAGGCGGCUUGCCAGCGCCACCGUGCCGUCUGCCAGCUCCUGGUGGAUGCGGGAGCCUCUCUGAGAAAGACAGACUCCAAGGGUAAAACCCCUCGUGACAGGGCUCAACAAGCUGGUGAUCUGGAUCUGGCCUCCUACCUGGAGAGCCGACAAAACUAUCAAAUUUCCCAUGAGGAUCUAGAGACAGCAGUCUGAUGUCUGAAAAUGUCCAAGAGGAUCCCUGGAAAUCUUGAGACUGCACCUGAGGCACUCAGGCAUCGUGUGAGGAAGAAACUGAUGGAAUCCACAUGUCUCUCACUCUCAAGGAAAAUACCUGAGGACAUGCCACCAGUUUCUAAGGGCUACUGAGUCUUGCCGUGGAAUGGUUAUGUUCCA